UCUCACUCAUAAUUAUCUCAAAUAUCACUUCCACCAAAACAGUUUUAUUAAAGGUUGUUUCCUCCUGAGAUCUCAUCAUCUAGACUACAGGUUCUCAGCAAAAGAUGAGAGGACCUGACACUUGACAGUCAUCAGGUGAGGAGCCAAUAGAAAUCUACAGCAUCAUGAACUUCUAGGGCAUGGUCCUGAAAUGUGUGUCCUUGGUCUGAAUGUUAUCUGACUCACUGCAGUGUGGACCCAUAGGAAGGUGACCAUUGAACUUUGCAAGACAAGAUGGUCCUUCAAGUUCCUGCUUCACAGAGGAGACUGCCAAAUAUUCUACAGGACACAGAAAGAAGUGACUGAGAGACUCUAGGCCUGUAGGCUGAAGAAUGGAUGCCCCAACAUUACAGAAGAACUUUGGGUGACUGUCCAGGUAGCCAGCUGUCUCUGUCAUUCUAGAUUUUUGCAAGUUGCUUACAAUGCUCUUCCUGUUUACUUAGGACCGAGGGGCCAUGGGAGCCUGGCGGGACCAGCAGAAAAACUUCAGCUACACUUUAUACAUUUGAAAAUCUGCCUAAAAUUUCUGAAAGAGAGCUAACAGUCUUCUCCCCGGACUCCCAGCAUUUCUGUAUUAGUUGUUGCUGCUGUGAUGAAAUGCUUACCACCAAGAACUCAAAGGCCAAAAAUUAGAUGGUGAAAGCAGGAAGAUCUACGUGAGACUCUACCAAAAAACAGCAAGGAGAAGUGGAGGUUGGUGAUGUAUUCAAACACACACAAGCUCUUAUAAAGGGAAGGCCAUACAGUGGUAGCACCCUACCAGCCACAGAAGGAGCCUCCCCACCAAGCUCAUCCAGUUCUUAGAAAUGAGACCAGACCAGGCCUUUAUGUUAAAGGACAAUUCGAACCAUGAAAACGAUGACCAGUCGUAAGUCACUGUGGGUGCUGCUGUUCAUAGUUAUCUUCUGGGUCUCGUUUACAGUUUUCAGAAACCCAUCGAAGGUACGGAUUCAGUUCAAGUUGCCUGUGUCCUUCAGUCGCUGGAAUUUGGCCACAACAUCCUCAUGCCCUACAGUGCCUCUGAACCUACCGAUUUCACCAAAAGAGACAGAGCUGAGAGUCAAGGAGGUCCUAGAGAAACUAGACAAAUGGAUCCCGCCCAGGCCUUUUACCCAUCUCAACAACACCACCAGCGCCACACACAGCACAGCCACCAUCCUCAACCCUCGAGACACACACUGCAUGGGGGAAAAACUGGAUGUGCUGGUGGAAGCCAGGGACCACCUGGGACGCAGGAAGGAGUAUGGUGGAGACUUCCUGAGGGCCAGGAUGUCCUCCCCAGCCCUGAAGGCAGGAGCUUCUGGAAAGGUGACAGACUUCAACAAUGGCACCUACCUUGUCAGCUUCACUCUGUUCUGGGAAGGCCCAGUCUCCCUGUCUAUCCUGCUCAUCCAUCCCAGUGAAGGAGUGUCAGCUCUCUGGAGAGCAAGGAAACAGGGCUACGACAGAAUCAUCUUCACUGGCUGGUAUGUAAAUGGAACCUCUCAGGUCCACUCUGAGUGUGCCUUGAUUCUAAACUCAAGUGUCGAGCUGUGCCAAUAUCUGGACACCCAGGACCAAGAAGCGUUCUACUGUGUGAAGCCUCCAAAUGUACCCUGUGGGGCUCUUACCCACAUGCAUUCGAAGAACAAAGAAGUUUCCUAUCUUAGGCAGCAAGAGAGGAGCCUCUUUGAAAGGUCAAAUAUAGGUGUGGAGAUUAUGGGAAAAUCCAAUGUGAUUAGUGUCUCCAAAUGCAACAAAGAAGCUGUUCCAGCAAAAGGGAGAUGCAAGCUCGGGAAGGCAUCUGCAAUCCCCAGUGGGCACGUCUGGAAAAACACCUGGACUCCAGCCUCCUGUAGUUUGGCUCCGAUCAAAAUGAAAGAAUGCCUGAGAGGAAAAUUCAUCCAUCUGAUGGGUGAUUCCACAAUCCGCCAGUGGAUGGAAUACUUCAAAAGCAGUAUCAAGACACUGAGGUCUGUGGAUCUGCAUGAGACUGGAAAACUGCAACACCAACUCGCUGUGGACUUGGAUGAAAACAUCAACAUCCAGUGGACAAAACAUGGUUACCCCCUUAUUGGGUCAUUGGUCUACUCUGUCAAAGAGAUGGAGUACAUUGCACGGAUAAUUGACAGAACUGGAGGAGAGAAAAACACAGUCAUUGCCAUUUCUCUGGGUCAGCAUUUCAGACCUUUCCCCAUUGACCUUUUCAUCCGAAGGGCCCUCAAUGUCCACAAAGCUCUUCAGCGUCUUCUCCUGAGAAGCCCAGACACUAUGGUUGUCCUCAAAUCAGAAAACAUCAGGGAGAUGAGCAGUGAUGUGGAAAGAUUUAGUGACUUCCAUGGUUACACCCAGUACCUUGCCUUAAAAGAUAUUUUCCAGGAUCUCAAUGUGGGUGUCAUUGAUGCCUGGGAUAUGACAAUUGCAUAUGGCACAAAUGAUGUCCAUCCACCACAGCAUGUGGUUGGAAGUCAAAUUAAUAUAUUCUUAAAUUAUAUUUGCUAGCAAACACAUAACUCUGAAAGUUACUCAUUGAAUUUCAAAGAUGCAGUGAAUUCUGCUGGAGUGUCAGGUACCAGGAUGUCCAAGUAGUCCAAGGAGUUAGUCUGCACUGUGGUCCAUGUGAUCCACCCAGUUCAGCCUGACAAGGCCCUAGACUGGGCUUCUGCUUCAAACUGAAGCUCAAAAGAAUCAAUGAAUGGUCCUCCCUUUUUUGAUCAGGUCCUCUCUUUUCUGAUCAGAGCCAACCUGUUCUGUAUCAAUUGGAAGUUAGGAUUCCCUUGGCUGAGACCUUCUCCCUGUUGCUGUGAGUCCAGGAAAAUUAAGUAAUUUUGUAUAACAUUUUUAAAGGUCUUUGAUUCAAUUUGUAAAUAUUUUUGUGGAGACUUUUUACAUCCAUGUUCAUCAGGGAAAUUGUUCUGUACUUUUUUCUUGGUUGUGUCUCAAAGUUUGACAUCGGGACAAUACAGACUUUAGAGAAA